AUGUCCAACCCAGCAGAGAGCAAAUCGAACACAACCGAGCACACAGCAAAUCAUCUUCACCAGAAAAGACAGCAACUCAUGUCCAACCCAGCCAAGAUCAACGCAUACCCAGCCAAGCAGAGAACAGCCCGUGUCCAACCCAGCCAAGAUCAACCCAUACCCAGCCUAGCAGAGAACAACCCGUGUCCAACCCAGCCAAGGUCAACCCAUACCCAGCCUAGCAGAGAACAACCCGUGUCCAACCCAGCCAAGAUCAACCCAUACCCAGCCAAGCAGAGAACAGCCCGUGUCCAACCCAGCCAAGAUCAACCCAUACCCAGCCCUGGCAGAGAACAACCCGUGUCCAAGAACAGCCCGUGUCCAGCCCAGCCAAGAUCAACGCAUACCCAGCCUGGCAGAGAACAGCCGUGUCCAGCCCAGCCAAGAUCAACGCAUACCCAGCCUAGCAGAGAACUCAUGUCCACCAGAGAAGACAGCACUCAUGUCCACCCCAUACCCAGAGCAGAGAACAGCAAGCCAAGAUCAUGCCAAGCAGAGAACGGCCCGUGUCCAACCCAGCCAAGAUCAACGUAUACCUAG